AUGGACAGGACAGAUCAUAUCCCUUCGUUAGACAUCAUUGAUGAUGAUGUUGUUGAUAACAACAACAUAGUUGCUAAGGAGGAUGAACAAAUCAAUCAUCAGAUGUCCCUGCCUCAUCAUCAUGUUGAAUCACCAUCAUCAUUGUCAACACCAACACCUUCAUCAUUUGCCGUACCUCUGGCAUACCCUCCAGAAGAACCAACAAUAGUGGUGGCAUCACCAACCAUCAGUAACUCCACAGACACCUCACCAAUACAACCAAUAUCGAUAUCAAUGGAAUCUGCAACAACUCCAACAUUCCUCUCUCCAACCCCAACAACAACUACCACAACAACUACAACUACGACCACUACUACCUCUUCUUCUUCACCUAUAACCAAUUCAGGUGAACUCAAAGACUCAACAGACUCCCAACAAUCAAACAAUAACAACAAUAACAACAACAACCAUAGUGCAUUACUCAAUGGUAUAUCGGAACAAGUUCAAAAUAUAGUGAUUGCAUGUGAGAGCAGCAGUCCUUCACUCAGACCAAAGGUUGUGGCGCGAGGCGAUCCAAUCACCAGCUUCUUGGAUCCGCUGAUCCCAAUCGAGAUCGUCAACUACAUCUUCCUCAAUGUGGGCGCACUUUACCUGCCGCCACUGCUACGUGUCAACCGUAUGUGCCUGCGAACGGGCAUGAGCAAAGGCCUCUGGGCACUCUUUGUUCAGAACGACUUCAAGAUCACUGGCUCUGACCUCCUGGCCAUGGAGCGUCUGAACGGAGGCGCGCGCUCGCUCUACGCCAACCUCUACUUCCGUCGCAAGAACAGCAUCAAGCCACCCAAGUCGACCAAUCCACUGGUGCGCUUCUUCCUCAAGCCCAUCUCCAAGCUGCCUGGCCUCUUUAGUCGCAAGGAAUUCAAGAUACUAAUGUACGGUCUCAAUGGCGUUGGCAAGACCUCCAUGCUGUACAAGUUUGCGCGCGGCGAGAAUGUGCGCACCAGCCACACCAAUGGCUACAACGUUGAGGUCGUCGAGUACAAGUCGUGCGACUUUAUCUGCUGGGACAUUGGCUAUGAGAAGUCGAUCGUGCCCGUCUGGCACCACUACCUGCAGGACACGCAGGCCUUUAUCUUUAUCAUCGACAGCACGGAUCGUGCUCGCAUGCGCAUGGUGCGCGAGGAGCUGUGGCGUAUGCUCACCGACAAGAACGUUGUAAAGAUUCUGAACAACUUCCGAACGCCAAACACAACGCAGAGUGGCAACGGAGCCUCUGGCAACGGACAUCGUGUACGUGUCUUAAUCUAUGCCAACAAGACCGAUCUCCCAACUCCCAUGACAACACUAGACAUCACACUGGCACUAUCACUCUUCAAUCUGCCCAAGCAUAUCUUGUGGCAUGUACAAGGAUGCUCUGCAACUGCGGAAGAAGGCGACGGACUAUAUGAAGGAUUGGAUUGGCUAAGUUCUCAAUUUGAGGAGGAUUGA